GCUACACUAGUGUGAGAAAGACACUUCUGGAUCCACUUCUAAGAAAGGAGAACCCUACAUAUUUGUGCAAGAAAUGUAUUUACUGGACACAAAUAUAUCGAGUGAAGCUGUGGACACUAGAAAAUGGAGUGCCAUGUGGAGGGAUCAGAACAUUUCUCAUAUUCUGCUAUUUGACCACAACAGAAGGAUUACAGCAGCAAAGGAAGCCAGAAACAUUUGCACCGUAUAUGGGCAUAAUGCCACUGGACAGAGUAUUGCAAGAAAAUGGUUUUCUAGUUUAAAGGAGGAUCAUUUUGACAUUAUUGACUCUCCACAUUCAAGGAGAUCUUUGGGAUUUGAUGAUGAUCAUGUAAACAAAUUAAUCCACAAUGAUCCAUAUCAGUGUACACCAGAACUGGCAAAUGUGUUAAACUGUGAUCAUUCCACCAUUGUGCAACGUUUGCAUGCAAUGGGGAAGGUUCAAAAAUUGUGUGUAUGGGUGCAGCAUGCUCUAAGCCAAAACCACAAAAAUCAGCAGGUGGCAAUAUGUGGAUCUCUGCUUGCCUGUCAUCAACUGGCUCGUGAGCAACACCAACUAGUUCUAUCUUGUAUCAUUACUUGUGACAAGAAAUGGUGCAUUUAUGUUAACAUACGGAAAAGAAAGGAAUGGUUGACCCUAAACAAAGCAGCAACUCCCCGUACAAAGCCCUCCGCACAUACACAACAGAUAAUGUUAUGCACAUCUGGUGGAAGAACAACAGUGUGAUGUACCAUGAAUUGUUUCCCCGAGGUGUAACCAACAAUAUUUAUACCAACAACUGAGACAUCUUGCAGAUGCAAUCCAAGAACAACCAGGAAGACUACAUGAAGUGAUGCUACUCCCCGAUAAUACCCAGCAGCAUUCUGAUAGACUGGCAAAAAAACACAAUACAGGAGUUGAUCUUGCAUCCUCAGAUUUUUACUUUUCCCAUUCUCUAUCGAACAGCAUUCACGGAACUUCCUUUCCUGAUGAAAAUACACCCUCUAAAUGUUUUUUCUUAAUUCUUUGCCUCAAAACUACAUGAGUUCUAGUGUCACAGAACUGGUAAGUUACCCCAGCAUUGGUAGACUGCCAUAAAUAAUGAAGAAUAUAUUAUUCAUGACUAAAGUCUCUGUUACGUGUAUAUGUUACAUUUCUUAAAAAGAUGAAAAACACUACAACUUAUGCUCCAACCCAAAAUAUUUUUUGAAACAAAAGAAAGUGAUUCAUAUAUGAAUACCACUGGCUUUUGUCAAACGUGUGCGAGUGAUUGGACAUUAAUGUGCUUAUACUUGAAGCAGGAAGGCAAUCUGCGAUCAGUAUUUAAUAAGAUGGGCUGUGGCACUUUGUACAGCAGUACAAUAUUUGAAAUCCAUUACAAAAGUGUUAUCAUGAAACAACAGAAAUAGUACUAGUAAUCCUUUUUUGGUGGCAGAUAAUGACUUUAGCAUUGACUGAGUGGAUUGGACUUGGUGGAUUGGAAGUUUUGA